ACAAAUGUUACCUGAGCAAUUUCAUAGCACAGGGUAAGAUCACCUGAAAACCCCUUUCGUCUCCACAAACGGGCGUGCAAACAGUAACUUGCCAAUGCUAUCGGUUCGAGAAAAUGAUCUAUCUUCGGCCACGUAACACGUACCCGCCGUCUUGAACUACACCCGCCGUCCGGGCUGUUUGGUGCUUUUUCCAGAAAUCAUGUCGACUUAUAAAGCUUUUUGCACCAGGUCCUCCACCAAACCCCAACGUUACCAACAUCCACCGACUUCGAAGGUUUUGCUCAAUUGCAUGGUGUUGGCCGUUGACGGCGAGAGAUUUAGUGGCAGAGAGACAAGAACGUGUUCCGAUAUCGUGUACUGUAGCAUAGCAUUUUGUAAGGAGAAAGGAAGCAGCGGCUUGUGUCGGAGAUGGCCAAUUAUCAAGAUUUGAGCAAUGGAGGCUCCAACUCAAAGUGGAGCUUGGACUGGGCUGCAACUGGUGGUGCAAACAGCAUGCAGCAUUCGGCCUGUAGCUCCUCUCAGUCCCAGCCCUCGCAACCUUGCCGUGAUCAUGGUGAUAUCGGACAGACUCUCAGAAGCCGAGCUGUCACUCAGGGUCAAGAGUCCAAAAGGUCACCUCUCGGUGCAUCGUGGCACUGCAAUGACGUCCAGACCAGCAGUUGCCACUCCAAUCCCCCUGAUCACAGUGUUGAUGCUCAACAACACCAACAACAUUUCUUUCCAAUCGAGCCACACACCACGAAGGCCUUCUUGGCGGAUCGCCUUCAUGGAGGCACCAGGAAGCGAAGCACGACUGUUCAGCACCUGGACAGGUCUAUCUCUGCUGGUUGGGCAACACACCAUUCACCAACACACAGCACAGGAUCUAACAGUACAGCAUGGCACCAGCACCCGCUCAGCUACCAGCAGCGAAAUGGAACAACUUCUUGCGACCAGGAGCUUUUGUUUUCGAGCAGCUCCCUGGACGCACAAGAUCGAGAUGCGCAGAACGUGACGACGGCAGCCUGCGCAGAUGUUUUGCAGACUGCUAAUCCCGAUGGAUCCCUCCUAGACGGAUAUGCGAUGCUGGCACUGCUGCAAACCUCUGGUGAACACCAGGCUUUGCUGGCCAAUCGCUGCAGCAGAGGCAGUGCUAGUAACUCGCUGUGCGCAGGCGAGCAAGUAUCCGCUAGCGAGACCAGCUGCGAGGGAUCUGCUGGCACUGCGGUAGCAGAGACGGCUCUAUCCUACCCGACUUCAACAAAAGUGUUCUCUGGAAAGGGAAGGACAUCACUCACUCCUCUCAAGAACACUGAAAAGGAAGAAGGAACUGGCGAUGCGAUCGACAGCUACAUAAACGAUAUUCCAAUUGCUGAGUUUGGGAACAGCCAACUGGACGUCUGUCGAAGCACAGCAGGUACUUCAGCACUGAAGACCGCCUAUUGUAGCACUGUUGCCUCGUCUAGUGUAAGCUUAGAACAAAACCCCGCGGCCAUCAGCAACACCAGUCUGCUAGGAAAGAUGUCAACAAACCCUCAGCAGUACCAGUCGCUGUGCGUUUGGAAUCCAAACGCGGCUUGCAUGGCUCCCAGCCAGGCCUGGCAGCCGGCCGAUUCCAAUGCUGGCGCUACAGCUGCUGCCGCUGCUGCUGCUGCCGGCUCCAAUAUCCAUUUGGUGCAGCUGAACGGCCCCUUUGCCAGUGUACCUGCUCAGUUUCUGAGCAACUCCGGGCCAUCGCAGUGCAUUCCCGCAGUGGCCAGCACUGAGCGCCCGUCUCAGAUCCCAACGUCUGGCGCGCCAGCCGCGUCACAGCACAUCACAGCAGGGCAGCUACACACCCCGGGAAGCUCUGAGUCCGAGGUAGGCACAACAAGCAGCAAGCAGCCCGCCAAUCUGCCCAGCGGCCAUGUUAUACACCAACCAUUCAUUUCCUCAUCACCAACACCCAGAAUCCCAGCCGGCAGCAGUAGCAACAACAAUCCACCGAUGGCCAAGAUAUCACCCAGCGAUGCAGCGUCUCCCAGUGAUCGCUGUACCAGUAUAGAGACAGCAUACCAGAGUCUGUCUGCCCAGCACGCCCACAGUGGCCACGGCCUGGCAAGCAGCCAACCAGUGUCCUCCCCGUGGAUGCCGGAAAAGUCACGAUAUCAGGCACUUGCGCAGCAGCCGCAAACACAGCCACAGCACCAGCAGCAAACCCAGCAUCAGCAGCAGCUACCAGCAGCAACACUUCCAUACCAUCAGCCUGCACUAGGUAGCAUGGCGACCAUGGCAACCAUGGCGGGCAUGGCGGCUAUCAUGCCUGUUGGGCGCACUGAGGAUCCCCAUAUGUCCUACCAUUCACUGCAAGCAUCUUCUAGAUCUAAUGGACCUACCAGCAGUCCUGGGGUAAGGCCUACGCUCUACCGCCCGCCACCAACCAUAACAAGUCCACUAGGCUACGAGAGUGGCCGCCCGGAGCACUCGCCCGCGCUGGGUGGCAUGCUGACGGCCGGACCGGACUACACUGCCACCGGACAGCAGCAUAUCUAUGGCAUGCCAGCACCGACCGGGGGAUUUCCUGCACGACCUAUGACCAUGCAGCCAAGUCCAACUAACUUUCACAGCCCGGUUAUGCCUCAUCAGCCAAUGAAUCUGCCGCUAACCGGGCGCUACUCUCCACCAAUGACGGCGAACGCACAAGUAUCACAGGCAUUCGUCUGCAGCAACGAUGCACCUAGUGAUCAGCACAUCUUCCUGGGCCAGUUGCCGGGCUCGCCACUGCGCAGCAGGUACCUGUGGUUGUUUCUGCUGCGACUACUGGAGGACAGCCGAUAUGCCCCUGUCAUUACCUGGACGCGUCGUCGUGACCUUGAGUUUCAACUGCGGCAGCCUGAGGAGGUGGCAGCACUGUGGGGCAGGGUCAAGCGCCGCUCAAACAUGACCUACGACAAGAUGUCCAGAGCAAUGCGCUACUACUACCGACAGAACGUGCUGAGGAAGGUCAGGAACAAGCGCUACGUGUACCGCUUCCUGCGUAUUCCCAGUCUUGAGCAGCAAUCCUCUGCCCUGCCAGCAACCACUCCACUCUCAGGUGUUCCCCUGGGUGGCGGUGAGCACUCGCCAACCAUGCUGCCAACUGGUGUACCGCCACCUACUGAGACUGGUACUCAAACGGACCCUGACUCCAAUGACGAAGACAAUGACGACGAUGAUGCUAGUUCUCAUAUCCCACUGGAACCAGCUGCAGUUCCCUCACCACCCUGUCUUGGUCCGGGCACAGCCUUGGAUAUGGUCAACAUCAUUGGCGAGCCACCGAAAACGGAUCCAUUGCCAAAGACUGAAAGUCCUGUGUCGCAUUAGGCUUAUCGCAAUCAACGGCAGGCUCUAUCGUUGAUAUGGAUAGUGUCUCAUCAUAUACCGGAAUGUAGUGUCAGGGCAGUUCUUUAUCCUAAGUAUGAGCAGGUAUUUGGAUUUUGCUUUCAUGCACAUGCACACAAGCACACAUGCACCCAAACAAAAACACACACACACACACACAUGUGCGAAUGCACAUAUGCAAGCGCGCGCGCGUGCACACACACACACACACACACGCACACUACUACUACUACUACUAUGUACAGCUACCCUAUCGGGCCACGCCGCUCCCAGAAGCGGGAGACAACGACAAGAAGAGAGAAGAAAAGGGAGAGAAAUCGCAAAGUCAACAAUAUUUGGCAUGGCGUUGCAAGUCCUGUGGCCUUGAGAACCGUCUUUCGCAAUGCUCGCAUUCAUGACGGCAGUUGUUCCUGGCUGCACGUGACAUCCGUUUCGCACGGUCACACACACACACACAUACACACACACACACACACAUACAAACCAUUGUUUCGUUCAUAAUGGUAUUUAUCUCACCGUAAUUGUUAGAUUCAUCCUAAUGCCAAAAGUACUACUUCUAAAAAACGGUACUGGAUAUUGCACAAUACAAUUUCUCGGAGUCUCUAGUAUUCUCCCAAUUUUCACGAUAUCAGAGCCUCAGAUUAUUAUGUUACUUUGGAUGAUACUGCCAUUCUAAACCAUUACUGAUGUGCUUCUCAGUCAGUGCUAUUCAUAAUACUGUUCUGAGGAGAAUUUAGUUCAUGAUCAGAUUUCAAGUUAUAGAGUGUCUUUCCUAAACAAGACGGUAAAUGAGUAUUCUUGUCAAAUUGAAUUUGAAAGUGCUAAAUGAUGGUUAUUGCAAUAUUGGACUUGUAUUAUCUGUAUUCUCUGCCGUCGUUUGAUUUGCCCUAUUCAGUAUCCACCAUAAUUAUGUCUACCACAUGUUCACCGGCUUUAUGUGAUCAUGGUGCUGGCGACGCCUGCAAAACAUCCACUGCACAACUGGUGCAUAAAGUGAUUUUACAGGUUUUUUUUGCGGAAUUCUUAUAAUUCUUAAGUAUUACAAGUGUUUUUUGUAGUACUGAUAUCCACCACUGAGUAACAUGAUGACCACAUUGUAUUUCUCGAGCUCAGACCACAUUGUAUUUCUCAAGCUCAGUUUUAGCAUGUACCCGGUACCAGUUCUGGGAAAAUAUGUUGUGACUUCAGUACAAGCUGGCCAAAGAAUCAGGAAGGUAAUGAAUUCUCCUCUAAA